CGUGCAUCUGCUGGAAAAAGCGCCCGCCAAAGUUGUUCGCUGCGGCGAGAACCUCUGCGAAAUCUUCUGCGUAUGCAGCGAGUUUAAGAAAUAUAUACUACAGAGAACCCACGGUAAAUACAGCAGAUCCUGCACGAAGAUGUAACCGAGGAUGUGAAUAAGGCGCUAGGUGGAGCGUGUGCGGUACAGGUUUGUCAUAUUUCAGUCUGAUUUCGCUUGCAAUUUCUCUCUGUUGCGUUGAGCAGAAUGCCUGGCCUACAGGCUGAAGGAGUGGUGGCUCCUCUGGGAAGCCCCAACAAAAAGAGCCGCCUCUCCCUCCGGUUCUUUCAGAAGAGAGAAACCAAAAGAGCACUGGACUUCUCUGAAACUCCAGUAGAAGAACCAAGCACAGCUGAACCAGAAGAAGCCCAAAGUUGUGACCAGGUGGUGCCAGUGCCUUGUCCUUUUUCUGUUCCUUGCGAGAAGAGAGAGAGCCUUGUCCCUUUUGUAGGUCUUAACAAUCUGGGAAAUACAUGCUACCUGAACAGCAUCCUUCAGGUCUUGUAUUACUGCCCUGGGUUCAAAGAGGCUGUGAAGUCACUGUAUCAGAUGUCCAAGUUAAAAGACAAACAGAAAGAUGAUGGUGUUAAAAGUGAAGAGCAGGGAGAGUCCUGUGAUUCCACACCUGUUCAUAUGGAAUUGCUAAGCAGUUUCUUCAGCCUGAUCUCAUCAGUGGAGCAGAUACAGUCCAGCUUCCUGUUUAACCCAGAUAAAUAUAGUGAAGGAGAGUUGGCCACACCACCACGCAGAGUUCUCAACACACUCAGGAAGCUGAAUCCCAUGUAUGAGGGUUAUCUGCAGCAUGAUGCUCAAGAGGUACUACAGUGCAUUCUUGCGUACAUCCAGGAGGCUUGUGACACCAUUAAAAAAGAACGGAGAAGUGACCAAGAGGAGCCCAAAAAAAACUCAGGAGAGAAUGACGAAACAGCAGAUGAGGUCACAACUGCUCAAGAGGAAGACGAGGGCAGCGAUGGACAGCUGAGUGGAAAAAGAAAGAGUGACACAGAAGCAGGAAAUGCCAAGAAAAAGCCCAAGUCUCAGAGCAAACCAAAGAAAAGUGAAGAGGAAAACAAACCUUUCACUCGCUCAAAGAGAAAGUCCUCUAAUGACAUCACAGGAAAUCCUGUUAGUGACCAAAAGGAUGAGCCAGGUAUUGAGGCAGAUGGGAAAGAACAAGAGAAGGAAGGAGGCAGCAAUACAGAGGAGGAAAAGAUUGAAGGAAACCCAAAAGAGGUGAAUAAAAGGAAGAAGAGAGCAAAGUUGGGCUGGUUGAAAUCUUCAGGGAAGCAGCCUAGUAUCUUCUCCAAAUUUCGCAGCAUGGGCCGAAUCAGCUCGCAUGCAGGGGAGAAAGCAGAAAACAAAGGUGACGAUGGGAAAACUGAUGAUGAUUCUCAGGGGCCAAAGAACCAAGAGAAGACCAUUGCUGAAACUGAAAAGCCUGUAGAAAAUCAGGUUCAGUCAACAACAAAAAGUGAAGAACUACAGGGUUUGGAUGUGCUGAAGCAGCUGUUCCAGGGUCAGCUUGUGUUGCGAACUCGCUGUCUGGAAUGCGAGUGCUACACAGAGAGGAGAGAGGAUUUCCAGGACAUAAGUGUUCCAGUGCAGGAAGAUGAGACCAACUCCUCAGACUCUAGUUCAGAGAUUUCUCCAGAUCCUAAGCCUGAGCAGAAAACACUUAAAUGGGCAAUCUCUCAGUUUGCAUCAGUUGAGCGGAUCGUUGGGCAGGACAAGUACUUCUGCGAGACCUGCCACCACUACACGGAAGCAGAAAGGAGUCUACUGUUUGACAAGACCCCGGAAGUUGUCACCAUCCACCUCAAGUGUUUCUCAGCCAGUGGCUCUGAAUUGGACCCAUAUGCUGGACUGUCCAAGGUUAACACUCCUCUCCAUACCCCUCUCAAACUCUCACUGGAGGAGUGGUGCACGAGACCCUCUUCUCCUGAGCAGGGACAUCACUACAAGCUCUUCGCUGUGGUCAUGCACAGUGGAAUCACCAUUAGCAGUGGCCAUUACACCACCUACAUCCGCAUGAUGGACCUUCACCGCACUGUCCUCAAACCUCAGUCUCGGGAGGAGAGGGAGAAGGAAGACGACGGGGAGAUAAACCCUCCAAAGAAAGAAGAAGCCCCUCCAACAGACUACGAUGAUGGGGAAGUGUCCUUCAGUUUAAGUGGAAAAGUGAAAACCAUGACUAAUGGAACUGGUAGCAUAACUUCCACUGCUAGCAAAGUAGGAGGAAAGAGGCCAUCAGAAGGUGUAGGUCUUUUGGGAGGCCAAAGAAGCAUCUCUAGCUAUGAACUUGGCAGCAGCAACAAGCCAACCAGUUCAGAGAAACCUAUAACCAUGGCUGGCUGUACUGCCAGUGCUCCUGCAGUGCAGAACGGAGGGGUGAAAAAGGAGAAAGAGGACGACGGAGACGCGGUGAAGGAGGAGACUCAGGUGAGCGUUGAUUUGGCUAUGCAGAACCUCCAGGACUUUGAGGGGAAGUGGAUGCUGUUUGAUGACUCUGAGGUGAGGCUCUUUGAUGAAGAGGACUUCCUUCGAGCCUGCUCUCCAGAGACCUGUUCCACUUCCACACCUUACCUCCUCUUCUACAAGAAAGUCUCAGGAGAAUAAACUGAUCAUUUAUUUUCAAACUGACUAUUUUAUGCCAUGAGUCGUUUUUUCCACGAAAAGCAGGGAUGCCCUUAUCCACAAAGGACUUAUAUGUGGGUCAAGGAUUUCAUUUUGCUUCAUCAGAUCCACACCUGAUCAUUUGUUCGGACUGAAAACUUAAAGCUUUAUUGAUCCUUUGUGGACAAAAUGUGGACCAUAAUUGGUUUGCUGCUUUUGUCUCCGUGGUAUUCCAGUUGGGCUUUUUGUGUUUGUACAUGUAUUUUGGAUUUGUCCUCCUGAACUACCCAUUCCUCAUAUUUGACAUUUUUAAAAUUUCUCACCCCAUGAAUUGGAGUGAGCCAGUGGCUCGGGAAUGACAGUCACAAAAUGCACCUUGGCACUUACUGCAGUGCACUUAUUUUGCUUCUGUGCUGCAAGCCUUUCUUUUUCUGAUGGCCUGAUAUGAGUCAUAUGAGCUCAUGCACUGGUUUUUAUACAUGGAAGUUUUAAAGAUAUCCUUGUUAAUUUGUUUUUAUUUGUUUUAUUGUUGGAAGUACAGUUUCGAGUUGCUUUAAACGUUAGUUGAACUAGAGUGUACAUGUACAAGUAGUGCAACAUUUGGCUAAGACUUUUCUUGUUGAAACAAGAACAGAAUUGAUCACAAUCAGUUUGGAGUUUAUUGUUGUUUGGGAACUGCAGGAAUAUAGCUAAACUUAUUUUUGUAGGUUAAAGAUUUUUGCUACCAUACCUCAUUCCAGUGAAAGAAGCUGUUCUCACUCGUAUCCUUUUCAUGUUGUAUAAAGACCUGGACCUUAUUCCUUAAAGUGAGCUUACUUACUUAGGGCAGGAUAAUGUCAGUGUAAGCUGGAUCAACAGUGUAAUACUUGCUUUAGGUGUAAAAUAAAUGAGGCAGACUAAUUGUUAGGGACCAACAAACACUUAUGCUAGUUUUGCAGGUUAUCAGUUGACCUGUUCAGUAAGCUAAACUCUAAGGAAUAAGGCCCGGCUAUCUGCUGAUGCUACUGGUGUAAAUACUAAAGCCACCGCAACUGCCUAUAAGCAAUAAAAUGGUCCAUUUUUUUGCUAUAGAAGAGUACUCUAUACAACUACAAUAAAGGCUAUUAGACAGAUUAUAUAUAUAUAUAGGGACAGGUACAUGUCUGUAAAUUUACCUUUUCUAUUUUUGUCCUGUUUUGUAGAUUGCCUUGUCAUCCUAUUAAACACCAGCAUAUUAAAAAAAAAAAAAAA